AUGGAUGAGCCGAUUUUCAAGCUUCCAGAAAUAAUUGAUAAUGAGAAUGGUUGGGGUCCUUCCCCCGCGAUGUUACCAGAGAAGUUCCGAGAUAUACCAUAUGCACCUUAUAGCAAAGCCGACAAGCUAGGUCGAAUCGCCGAUUGGUCUGCGCCAGAGCAGAAAGAGAAAGAGACGGCCGGAAGAACAAGAGCAAGUUAUCGUUAUCGAGAUCAAUAUACAGCGUAUGGUUAUGGUGCGUCUAGUGCCUUUACUUACACACAUGCUGAAGACGAAGCUUCCUUUUCUGUCGUGGACAAUCGUUCGGCUGCUCAAAAGAAGGCAUCAUAUAGAACCACCGGAGGCACAAAGAGCCGUCCUGGUACACGUAACCCACAACGUCAACAGAGGAAUGGUCAAUACCAAAGGCUAGGUAUGACUGGUCGAGGGGCUACUGGAAAUAAGGCAUCUGCUGUCAAUGUCAGAAGACGAUUUGGCUGGAAAGAUUAUGAUAAGCCCCAGCGUGCGCGUGAUGCGUCGGUUAACGUUGGUCCUGAAUGGCAAGUACUUGAAGAAAUUGAGUUCAAUCGUUUAUCAAAAUUAAACUUGGAUGUGGACGAAGGCGAAGAUAUUUCUUCACAUGGUUUCUUGUAUUAUUAUGACAAGAGUCAUGAUCGCGUUAACACGAAAACGGAAAAGCCAUUGCUGCCAAAUGAGCGCGUUCGAUACUUUAUUACCACAUCAAAAGAUCCAAUUAUCGAACAACUUGCAAAGGAUGACGAAGCUACUGUAUUUGCCACUGAUGCUAUUCUGAGUCUGCUAAUGUGCGCUCCAAGGUCUGUAUAUCCUUGGGAUAUAGUUAUUAAUCGUAUUGGCAACAAGCUUUACUUCGACAAGCGAGCCAACGAUUAUGUCACCGUUAACGAAAAUGCUGCAGAUCCACCCGUAGAAACUGGAGAUAAAGAUAAUAUCAAUUCACCAACUGCUCUUUCAUUGGAAGCAACCAUAAUUAAUCAUUGUUUUACUAUGCAAGUAGUUAAUGAGUCAGAUAAAUAUGAAUUUGAGAAGUCAAAUCCUUUUGCUAGUUCUGACGACUUGGAGUUUAUGACACCAUGUGCUUAUCGUUACCGUCGGUUCGAUCUCGGUAUUAGCGAAGAGGAAGAUGUGCGUCUUAUUGUUCGUACACAGUUAGAUUCGGCUGUAAAAACGCCUGCGGGUGAUUCAUUCAUCACCAUAAAAGCUUUGAAUGAAUUCGAUUCUCGUUCUCAGGGUGCAGGCGGAGCAUUAGAUUGGCGGCAAAAAUUAGAUACACAACGUGGAGCUGUUGUUGCUACUGAAAUGAAAAAUAAUAGCUGUAAAUUAGCUCGAUGGGCAGUUCAGAGCAUUUUGGCUGGUGCCGAUCAGAUGAAAUUGGGAUACGUUUCGCGCGCUAACCCAAAAGACAAUCGUCGUCAUGUGAUAUUAGGCACACAGUAUUAUAAACCUCGUGAUUUUUCUGCACAAAUGAACAUGUCAGUUUCUAAUGGAUGGGGUAUUGUGCGGACUGUUAUAGAUCUUUGUAUGAAGUUGCCCGAGGGUAGAUAUGUAUUGCUUAAAGAUCCGAACAAGCCUGUAGUUCGUCUGUACUCUGUUCCUCCAAAUACAUUUGAAAGUGAAGAUCCUAUUCUUGAUGAAGGAGAUGAAUUAGAGGAGGAUGAAGAUGAUGUAAUUGAGACAAGAUAG